AUGGCAGGCAAACCACCGACGCUGAACGCGGACGGACGCAGGCUUCGGAUGAUCAUCGUCUCGGUGCCCAUCAUGGGUGCGACAGCGCUGGUGCUGUAUAAGAGAUUGGUGUUGGGUGCGCCGCAGAGGAAGUUGAACCCGGAUGAGAGGAUGGAUAUUACGAAGGGGGCGGUGGUGGUGCAGCAUCAUUCGACGAACGAGGAGGAGAGGACGUGA